AUGCGCGCAUUGUCAGAGCGACCCAUGAUCAAGAGAAUAUGUCGGGCCAUGAUCCAUCCACAACACGAACAAGUCCCACAGCACGAAUCCCUCAGCUUUCUCCUUAUCUGGCAAUACCAAGGGAAGCGUGUCAAGAGUCCAGACAUCCAGAACUGUCUCCCGCCACCCGUUCAAACACCGGUGCGUGGGACUGGGCCGCCCUCCGCGCGCCCGCCAUGGCCUACGACUUUGCCUUCGGGGGAUACUUCGAUGACACUGCCAUUCCAUUAA